AUGAGCGAAGCCACUUCGUCGACACCCACUCUCACGACGGCAUUGACAGCCGUGGCGACCACGGCCAGUGUGGCCAUUGUCUUGAGAGCCAUCAAGCGACGCUUUUCUCCCACCAUAACCUCCACACUCCAAUGCAAAUGCGGCAAGAUUCGAGGCCAUGUCCGAGCCAAGUAUGAAGAUUCUUUCCGAAUACACUGCUACUGUCAAGAUUGUCGAGACUAUGCCAACUUUAUUGCUUCCUUGGGAGGAAACAAGGAUGAAACGAUUGGCAAGGAAUUUGGAGACAAUCGCGUCGUUCAAUUCUGCAAGAAUGCCAUUACCAUUGAACAGGGACAAGAGCAUUUGAAGUUGGCCAUUAAAAAGAAAAAGAAGAGCAAGGGGAAAAUCUACAUUCAUCAAUUCUAUGCCGGUUGUUGUCAUGUCCCACUCAUGAAUACCGUCGAUUUCUUGGGGUUUGUCGGUGUCUUUUGCGAUUUUUUAGACCAGACAGCCGUUGAACAAUGGGAUGGACCCUGUCGCAUGUUCCAAUCUGAAGGUUUCGGACAACCCAAUCCACCGUUUCCGAAUCCAACGUGGGCACCAUUUAUUUGGAAAAUGAUACGGUACAUGCCAUGGAGAAAGUCAGGACCCUUUGACUAUGACUUGACACCUGUCUAUUGGGGAGAAGAUAGUAACGGAGAAAAGAAAGAAGAAAAGAAGAAAGACAAGUAA